AUGGCUCCGGCUUUUGGCAAGAAGCGCAAGGUCUUGGACGGCAUCCAAGGGAAAGCUGGCCGGUCCAAGAAGUUCAAGAAGCAGCGCGGCUAUUACAGCAGCUCCGACGAGGAGGAUGAACCUGCCACCGAUUUCAAGGCCGUCAAUUUGGCCGAUUCCGACGAAGAGGAGACUGCGGUCGCCCCGAAGAAGCAGAAGCCGACCAAGAAGCCAACCAAACCUACCGGCGCGUCGUUAAAAUCGAAAGCGGAAUCCAGCGACGAAUCCCCCGAGAACGACGAGGAGAAGGACGAAGACGAUGAAGCUUCGGGAUCAGACGCAUCGAAUGAUUCAGACGACGAUGGCGACUCCGAUGUAUCUAUGACGGCCCCCAAUGCAGACCGAAAAACGCUUUCCAAACGAAACGACCCGACCGCUUUCUCGACCUCUAUCUCCAAGAUUCUCUCGACCAAACUUCCGACCUCCGCCCGCGCCGACCCCGUCCUCUCCCGCAGCAAAUCGGCGCAACAAACCAGUACCGAAAUCGCAGACGAGAAAUUAGAUAACCAGGCACGGGCCAAGUUGCGGGCCGAGAAGAAGGAAGAACUCGAUCGCGGCCGAGUCCGCGAUGUCUUGGGUGUUGAGCGGGGUCAGACAGGCGCUGUCGCGGAGGAAGAGAAGCGUCUGCGCAAGACCGCACAGAGGGGUGUGGUCAAGCUGUUCAACGCAGUUCGGGCCGCCCAGGUGCGCGGAGAAGCUGCAGUCAAGGACGAAAGAAAAAAGGGCACCGUCGGCAUGGGCGAGCGCGAGAAGGCCGUCAACGAGGUCAGCAAGCAGGGCUUUCUGGAAUUGAUCAACGGAAAGAAGGGAAAGCCGUUGAAUAUCGAAGAAGCGUAA